UCACUCAAACACUCUCUAUCUUUUGCACAGUUCGUAAGUUCAGCCUCUUCAGCCAGCAACCGGGAGAGACCUCCUCUUCUGAGUGAUUUGAUUGGCCACUGAUCGACGUUAAAACCCUCCUCGCUUCGCAGAGCGGGUGACAACACCAGUGAGCAGUUCUCAAACUCUGGCGCUUGAUGCGGGGUUCUAACUUCUAACUGUUGUUAGUGGUGUUCUUCUGCUUCGUCUUCGACUUCUUCGCCUUAUAGUGCUACUCGUUUCGGAUAUGGGAGGGCGGUCCGUUCAAGUUUCUGGUUUCCCUGCUGGUACUAACGCUGAGAAAGUUAAGGACUUCCUUGAAUCACUUACAGGACAUGGAACAGUUUACGCAUGUAAAGUCAGAAAUCCAAAGGAUGUGCAGAAAAAAUCGAGAGUUUUCGCAGUGGUUCAAUUCACAACACCCAAAUCUGCUGAACUUAUUAGCUGUCUUGCGCAACCUCGUUCUCUAUAUUAUGAGAAAUCCUGGCUUAAUGUUCGAUAUUUGGAUAGAGAUGUUAUUCCGCAGCCAAGGACUCCAUUGUUCGUUCUGGAGCAAGUGGUUUUGCACUUUGGAUGCCUCGUUUCUAAGGAAACAUAUUAUAGUCUGCAUCUGAUACCAAAUGUCAAUGUGCAAUUUGGAUUUGGUAUGCGGAGAAUAUACUUCUUUCUGACAUGUGGACGUGUGGAAUAUAAGCUUGAUCUCUAUUAUGAGAAUGUUUGGCAAAUUCAGCUGCGGCAUCAGAAAGGCAUGGAGAAGAAGUACUUGCUGUUUCAGCUGCAAGGUGCACCACGGAUAUUUCAGAAGCCUCCAUGCAGCUUAUCGGUAGUUUAUGGAGAUACGUUUUUUGACUAUUUCAAAGAUCUCCCGGAUGAUCAGUGGGUUAGGACAACUGAUUUUACGCCACUGUGUUCCAUAGGGCAGUCAUCAACACUCUGCCUGGAACUUCUGAGUGGGUCCUCUUUACCAAAUAUCGGUGAAAAUUUUGCUCACUACAAGUGUGUGGAAGAUAAAUUCACAAUAAAGCACGGUUUCUCAUACUCACAUGAUCUGCAAUUGGUUCCUAUUGUCAAACCUCCACCUUCGAUAACGUUACCAUUCAAGAUACUGUUUAAGAUAAAUUCCUUGGUUCACCUUGGAUAUCUUGUGGGUCCAACUUUGACGGAGGAAUUUUAUAAUUUGCUGAGUCCUUCUGUCACGCCUCUUCAUCACACAGAACUGGCCCUGGAAAAACUCUCUCGGUUAACAGAUUGCUGCUUUGAACCUGAAAAGUGGUUAAAAGGACAGUUGAAAAGAUUUGAUGCAGCUCGCCAUGUCUCAAAAUCUGCAGCCAUUUCUCCAGAAUCUGGUUUAGUUCAUAUUCACAGGGUUCAAGUUACCCCUUCAAGGGUAUACUUCUGCGGACCAGAGGUUAAUGUCUCUAAUCGUGUGACACGCCAAUACCCCAAUGAGAUGGAUAAUUUUCUGCGUGUAUCAUUUAUUGAUGAAGACUCGGAGAAGAUAAGAUCAACCGACUUGUCUCAACGAGCAACAGUCGUAGACGGUCAGAGUUCAACUUUGUCUCAUAAAGCAGUGACUCCAGAUGAUCAAAAUCUGACACCUAUAUACAAAAGAGUGUUGUCUACUUUGACAGAUGGCAUAGGGAUUGGCGAUAAGAGGUUUGAAUUCCUUGCUUACUCAUCCAGCCAGCUUAGAGAGAAUUCUUUGUGGAUGUUUGCAUCACACCCUGAACUUAGUGCAGAUGACAUUAGACGGUGGAUGGGUGAUUUUAGUUCCAUUAGAAAUGUUGCAAAAUAUGCCGCCAGAUUGGGGCAGUCAUUCAGCUCAUCAACUGAAACACUGAAUGUUGAUGCACAUGAAACUGAAAAUAUUCCUGAUGUAGUAAAUGAUAAGUAUAACUUUUCUGAUGGAAUAGGAAAGAUCUCUCCUUCAUUUGCUAAAGAAGUGGCAAAAAAAUGUGGCUGUAAAGUAACACCUUCUGCUUUCCAGAUAAGAUAUGGGGGUUGCAAGGGUGUUGUUGCUAUUGAUCCUACAUCAAAUUGUGAUCUGUCAUUGAGAAAAAGCAUGUGCAAGUACAAAUCGGACAACACCCAGGUGGAUGUUUUAGCUUGGAGCAAGUACCAGCCAUGUUUCCUGAAUCGCCAGAUAAUAAAUCUCUUGUCAACAUUGGGGGUUAAAGAUAACGUUUUUGAAAUGAAACAAAAUGAAGUUGUUGUUCAGCUAGAUAAAAUUUUGACAGAUGCAGAAAUUGCGUUGAAAGCUCUCGAACUCAUGCCUUCAAGUGAAAACACAUAUGUCCUUUCAGAGAUGCUGCACUGUGGUUACCUGCAGGAUUCAGAACCAUUUCUUUCGAUGAUGCUGCAAACAUUGCAGGCAACUAAAUUGUUUGACCUUAGGAAGAAAACAAAGAUAUUCAUUCCUGAGGGAAGAACUAUGAUGGGUUGCAUGGAUGAAACUAGAACGCUGGAAUAUGGCCAGAUUUUUGUACAAUAUUCUGGAGUUGGGAAAGCAGAGAGGCGUCACUCUUCCAUUGUUAAGGGAUCAGUUGUAGUUGCCAAAAACCCUUGCCUGCACCCUGGUGACGUUCGUGUUUUGCAGGCUGUCGAUGUUCCAGCUCUGCAUCAUAUGGUUGACUGUGUUGUCUUCCCACAGAAGGGAAAAAGGCCGCAUCCAAAUGAAUGUUCUGGGAGUGAUUUGGAUGGGGAUUUGUAUUUUGUGAGUUGGGAUCCUGCCCUUAUUCCACCACGGCAAAUUGAUCCCAUGGAUUAUGAUCCUGCACCACCAAAACUUCUUGAUCAUGAUGUCUCAAUUCAGCCAUUAAUCUGGUCCCCUACGAAACACACUCACUGGCAGGAUAUCCAAGAGUACUUUGCGAACUAUAUGAUCAAUGAUAGCAUGGGCAUGAUUUCAAAUGCCCACACUGUAUUUGCUGAUAAGGAACCUGAGAAGGCGGAGAGUAAGCCAUGCAUAGAACUUGCCAAGCUGUUCUCAGCUGCAGUCGACUUCCCCAAGACUGGCAUUCCUGCUUUGUUGCCGCCCCAUCUCCGAGUCCGAGAAUACCCCGAUUUCAUGGAAAAACCUGAUAAGCCCACAUAUGAGUCCAAAGGCAUAAUUGGGAAACUUUUCAGGGAGAUAAAGGAUAAGCCACAGGAAGUUCCUGUUUCAUCAUUCACGAAGAGGGUUGCCUGGCAAGCAUAUGAUCAUGACUUGGAGGUUGAUGGAUAUGAGGCCUACCUGGAUGAUGCUUACUAUUUCAAAAGCAAAUACGAUCACAAGAUAGCCAGCCUCAUGCACCAUUAUAGAAUUAAAACAGAAGCUGAGUUACUCUGGGGCAGGGUGGUCUCCCUGUCUGGAUCUUCCAAGAGGAGCAGAGAUGCUGAAGGUGUGCCCUUGGCUGUGAAGACUCUUAGGAAGGAAGCAAGAGACUGGUUUUCUAAAAAGUCUGGCAAGCCUGGGAAGCAUGGUGAUGGUCAUGAGGACCAGUCUUCUGCAAAAGCUUCUGCUUGGUAUCACGUCACGUAUCACCCGGAUUACUGGGGAGCCUACAGUGAGGAGAAUCAACCACAUUUCAUCAGCUUCCCCUGGUGUGUCUACGACAGGCUUAUAGCCAUAAAGAAAGAUAAGAUCAAAGCUGCUAAUGCCAGGGGCAGGUCUGAGAAGGGCAAGGAUGCCCAAUUGAGGCACAUCCUGAACUCACUGAGGUUCAAGUGAAUGCCGCUGGGGACUCGUCUGGCUCAUCAGUAGUUCUGCUGGGGGCUCGUUUGGCUGAUCAAUGGUUUAGUAUAUAGUCCAUGGGUUGCUUCUCUGUGUUAGUGUUUUACAUUUGUUGAAAAACAGACCUCAUGAUGUGUGGGUGUGGAGGAAAAUGAUGUGUUGAUGUGUGGUUUGUAAUUGCUUUUACUUUCUAAUGUACAGUUUGCGAUAGUUAUCAGGAAGAAUCUCGCUUCUUUCUUUA